UGUUGCACGUGUUUGAAGUUUCACAUAUUACAAUUUAAAUCGUGCUGACAACGGCUGGUAAUGGGUAAAUUUCGAUCUAAAUUGAAGCGCCAUGGCAAGGGCAAAAACUGGAGCAAGGGCCAGUCGGCCGUGUCGAAUCCUGAUCAGAUGAAGCAUCGCCUGAAAGCAAAAUCUCGUUUCUUUCAGCCAAAUUUGAAUCUGGCGGCAGCAAGCAGCCCCGCCAAUGGACUUACCAUGGAGGCGGUGCAUAAGCAUGAACAGCGCCAAGCUUAUAAUUCGGAAACGACAACCAUUAACGACGUGGCUGGCAGCUUGAAGUCCUUUACACUAGAUGAUGAUGACGGCAUGUCCGGCACGGGUACACAGACCGGCACCUACAAGACAUUUCAGACAUUUGCGUCCAACUACAGCAGCUGCAGUAACAUGAGUUUCAAGAAGCUGCUCACCGGCUUUCGUGCUUCCUCCGAUCUGCACAAGGAAAUGUUGGCCAUUCUGAGUGCACUGACUGAAAUUAUACGUGAACGUGGCGGCUCUGAAAGCUCUACCGAGUAUUUCCUGCUCUUGAUAAGUCAAAUUGAGGCAGCCAGUGAGGAGCGCGAUAUUAUUGCUGGCGUUGCUUUGCUCUCCAUGGGCAUCAAGUCAGUUCCAGCGCCUGUGCUGCGUAAACGCUUUGCCCAAACAGCGGCCACACUGCAGCAGCUGCUGCAACGCUUCAUGGAGUCCAGCAGUCAGUCAGUAAUACGUUAUUUGAUUGGCUGCUUGUCGGUGCUGCUGCGUGCACAGGAGUACGCCACAUGGACGUACAGCUCCACUUUUCAGUACUUUGAUGCGCUGCUGGCGUUCAGCAUUCACUCCAGACCUAAGAUACGCAAGGCGGCCCAGCACGCCGUGGUGUCCAUAAUACAUGGCAGCUGCUUUAUGCUGCCCACACCGCCAGCAGACGAUGAUGAGCAGGGCGAGGAGCAGCCACCCAAGGUGAAGAAUCAUCCGGCCAGUAGUCGUGUGACCAAGUUCUGCUUGGCGCAGUUCAAGCCCGAGGUGUUGGCCAAUGCACAGACCACAGUGCUGCAUACGCUGGCGCUGCUCAAGGAUACGCUGCCCGGCUUUCGCACUGAGGACAUACGCAGUGUCUCCGAGCAUCUGCUCUCCAUUAUGACGGCGGCCAAUGUACUAGUGCGCACCAAUUGCCUGCAGGCGUUGCAUGCACUCUUCCUUACACGAAGCCCCAAUUUGAAUGCCUCGCUGUGCGCCAAGCUGCUGGCGGCCAUACACGAGUAUCGUCCAGAUCGCAGCGAUGUGCGUCAGACACUCGCCUGGAUCACUGUGCUCAAGGAGGGCUAUGUACACUUGGCCAAUCUGCAGUUGGAUCUCUGCAUGCAAGCGCUGCCGCGACUCUUCGAGAUCUGCACGACAGAUCUGUGGAUGUCGGACCGCAACGAGUUGGUCGUGGGCGUCUCCAACUGCAUCAAGGAGCUGCUGCAGGAUUGCGUAGCACCUGCCUGCGCUACCAAGGAGCAGGCGGAUCAGCAUCGUCAGUCGGUGGCUAGGAUUAUACUUGCGCUGCACAAGGUGCUCAAUGCGCCCUUUGGCGAAAUCUCCAAAUAUGUCAUACUCAUAUUCUCCAUUGUCUUCGAGGUCUGUGGCAAGCACUUUGGCGCUGAGCUGAGUGCUUCGCUCUCCACCAUAGGCAAACGCUAUGACAGCCAAGGUUCACUGCGUCUGCAGAUUGAGCACACGCUCAUAAGCGCCAUCAAAGCACUGGGCCCUGAGCUGCUGCUGAAGGCCAUACCGCUGAGCGAUUCCAGCGGCGCUGUCAGCUUGGAGCGCUCCUGGCUGCUGCCGCUGAUGCGUGAAGGUGCCACGGGCGCCAGCCUGCAAUUCUUCAUGGAGCAGCUAGUGCCGCUGGCGCUGGACAGUCAGUCCAAGUGGCGUCACUUUGCUGCGGAGGGCGUACAAAAGAAUACCAGCAAGGCUCAUGUCUAUGAGCUGCUCUGCUGUCAGAUAUGGGGCUUGUUCCCCGGCUUUUGUCGCCAGCCACGUGAUCCGCAGUAUUUGAGUAAGCUGGCGCCCACACUGGGCAAUGCACUGCAAGACAAUCCCGAGUUCCGCGCACCCAUCUACGAUGGUCUCAUGGAGCUGCUCGAUGACAACCAAAGCGCCGAGUGUCAUGCGGCCAUUGCCCAAUAUGCGCGCAACUUUCUGCCACGCCUCUUCAAUAUCUAUGUGCAAAAGCCCAGUGGCAGCUAUGAGGCGGAGCAGCGCAAGCGCGCCUUGGAGGUCAUCCGUCUGUACAUAGCACGUGCGCCCGCCGAGGUGCAGGCGCAGCUCUUCGAGACCGCUCAAGGUCUGCUCGCGGCCAGCGCUGUGGCGAGCUUUGAGUACGAUGCCUACUUCGACAUCAAUGCGGCCAUUGUGCGCGUCCAGAAGUGUCGCGGCAUUGAGGCUUACUUUGAGACAUAUAUGGCGCCCGUGCUGCGCAACAGCAAGUCCAAGCUGGUGGCCAAGGAUGAGCAGAAGCUGAAGAAGCAGCAGCGCAAGACAUACGAAUUGUUGCGUGAGCUGAUGACCCUGGAGCUGCCCUCGUGCCAGAAGUUUACACGCAAGAACAGCAUUUCGUUGCAGCAAAUCUUACUCGAAGCCUUCACCACCACCUGCAAUGUUUGCCAGGCUGCCCGUCUGCACUGCUUGAAGUCGCUGCUGGACUGCCGCAGCAAUCUGACCUAUAACGAUCAGCUGGUCAUGAAGGCCAUACCCGAGGCUGUGCUCAACUAUAGAGAGUUCUCCACUCGCAAGGAGCCCAUUGCCGAGCAGCUCAUCAAGCUGAUAGCCACGCUGUAUCAGGAGGCGGGCAAAAUCAACGAGUUUGUGGAUAUUCUCACCGCCGGCUUCUCGGGCGAUGAAACGCUCAGCACCAACACCAUCCUGGCGUUCCGUGCGCUGCUCCAGCAACAGGGCCAACAUCUGACCGUCAGCACACUGGAGUUUGUGCUGCAGCAAGUGUCCGUCUUUCUGGUGCAGAAGUCACGCCAUCAGGCUGAGGCUGCCGUCGCUUUUCUCAUUACAUUCAUCAAGGUGAUGCCCAUACCGCUGGUGGCCAAUCAUCUAGAGACUAUAAUGCGCGCGCUGUCGGCCAUGACCAAGGACACCAAGCGCUAUUGCCGCAUACAGAUUGGCUACUUCCUGAAGAAGCUCUGCAAACGCUUCAGCACCGAUGAGCUGGCGCGCUUUGUGCCUGGCGAUGAUGAGGUCACCCAUCGUCGGCUCAAAAAGAUACGCAAGCAGAUGCGUCGCGAUACGCGCAAGAAGCAAAGCGAGGAUGCGCAGGCUGAUAGUUCCGACGAGGAGCUGGUCAAUGGAGUCGAGCAGAAGAGCUAUACCAUUGAUGACAUUUUGGCCGACUCGGACUCGGACUCGGAUCUGCCAGAGGAUAUGGACACGGAGGAUGGUGCGGGCAAGACGCGCGCUGUCAAGUCCAAGAUCAAGGCAAAGCAGGCACGCAGCACUUACAUACGCGAGGAUGCCGAUGACAUAGUUGAUCUGGCCGAUGUGCGCUCCAUUGGAAACGUGUUGACUAGCGGCACUGCAGCUUCUGCUGCUGCUGCGUCCAGCGGCAAGCCGGCCAAGUCCAAGCCACAGUUGCCCAAUGGUGGCUUCAAAACAGCCGACGAUGGUCGUCUCAUUAUAAGCGACAAGGCGCUGCGUGGUCAGGGCAACGAUGAGGAUGACGACGACUCCAGUAGCGAGGACUCCUCUGCUGACAGUGGUCAUGAGGCGGAUGGCGGCAAAGCCAAGCGAGGCAUGGAGGACGACUCGAGUGAUGAGGAAGAGCUGCAGCAAGCGUCCAACCUCAAGCGCAAACGCAAGGCCACCGAUGCGUUGAGCAUGCGCUCCGGCAAGAGUGGCACAAGCACACGCAAGGGCAUACAUCGUUCACUGCCCGCCGGUGCGAGCGAUGCCAUGUCCGUCAAGUCCAGCGGCGGCGUCAGCCGUGUCGCUGGCAGCGAGUACAGCACGAAAAAAGCCAAGGGCGACAUGAAGCAGCGCGGCAAACUGGAUCCCUAUGCCUACAUACCGCUCACACGCAAUACGCUUAACAAACGCAAACGCGCCAUGAACUCGCGCAAGUUUAAGAGCGUCGUGCGUGGUGCGGGCGGAAGUGAAGCUGGAGCUACGGGUGGAGGCGGACGCGGCGGCGGUCAGCGUGGUGGUCGCGUGGGCAAGAGUUACAAGUAGAUGUGCUGCUUCCAAUUUUAACUAAGCUUGCUGUUAAGCUUUCUAAGCCUGUUAAUUUGCUUAAAUAUAAUAC